UCUUUUCUGGUCCUUCCUCCGUAAGGCUCGUGUAGAAAUCAAAAAGACGUGUUGCUCAUCCUUCCGGGGCUGAGCCCGUUCCGAGUCAAGUCCCAGCACCAGAUCCUGGAGCCUAGACGCCUAAACUCGACGAGCGACCUGGAACCUCGCUAAAUGCCUGUUUCUGGCUUUUGCAAAGUCUGAUCAGCAGGAUCAGCCCCUUGUUCCAACUGGACUGUCGUUCGAAUCACGGCCAACAAGAUACGUGAACCGAGUCGGUUUGUUGAACCUCUGGCGUGAUACAUAACCAAGCCCUCUUCUUCUUCAUUCUUCCUAUCGUCUGUCACUCAAAUCGGAUUGACUUACUAACGGAAGCUGGGCUGUAGCUGAGACAACACACUCUCGUCCUCGCUUGCCACUACUCGUUUGUGUCCCCUGCUGACAUUGAUCGGGUCGCAUCCAUCAGUUAAACCCCCGACCAAAUCCAAUCGGAUCCCUGCUUUUCUUGCGACUGAGGCCACCCACUCGGGGACGGACUGGCAGCUCAUUAAUACCAUCCACCGAAGCAGAAUAAAUACCAUCCUCGACGGCCCUUGACAGUCCUGGGUUUCCAUUCUUGCGGUACCUCAAUCCCCCAACGUCCAACCAUGGCGGUCAUGUCUAUCCCUCACAUCCCCAUCCCCGUCCUUCUCAUCGCUCUUGUUGCGGUCUUUGCCAUCCACCGGAUCUACUAUGAAGUGACCACCGGGGCCCGUAGGCGCCGCAUGAUACGGGACAAUGGGUGCGAGGAGGUCGCGUGGUAUCCACACCAAGGUAUCAUGGGCAAGCUCUACGGAGUGGACGUGAUCAAGCAGAUGGUCAAGUCCGGUAGGGAAGGUCGACUGCACGAGGCGACUCGGCUCCGAAACUUCAGCAAUGGCAGAAACACUCUCAAAGUCAAGAUGGCCAAAAACACCGUCAUCUCCACCAUCGAGCCCGAGAUCAUCAAGACCGUCCUGUCCACCAAGUUUCAGGACUACUCCUUGGGCAAGAGAAGGAGACAGGUCUUCCUCCCCAUUUUCGGCCACGGCAUCUUCGCCAACGACGGCGCAGCCUGGGAGAGAUCUCGUGCCAUGGUCCGGCCCAACUUCACUCGUCAGCAGGUGGCCGACCUCGAGAUGUUUGAAGCGCACGUCUCCCAUCUCAUUGAUUCCGUCCCUCGUGAUGGAUCUGCCGUCGACCUGCAGGAUCUGUUUUUCGGCUUGACCAUGGACUCUGCGACCGAGUUUUUGUUUGGCCGAUCGACAAACACCCUAGCACCAGGUCUGGAGACCAAGUCAGCCAACGAGUUUGUCAAGGCUUUUGUCUACGUGACUGAAGCUUGUGGGAAGAACUUCCGCACCGGAGGUCUGCUUGAAUACAUCCCGGAUCCGCAAUGGCAGAAGAGCGUAAAGAUCAUCCACGGCUUUGCAGAUGAAAUUAUCCAGGAGGCCAUGGAGGAGCUGAAGACUGGGAAGCGGGAUCCCAAUAGUCGCUACGUCUUCCUCCACGCUUUACUCAACCAGACUCAGGACCCCUACGCGCUCCGUUCGGAAUUGCUCAACAUCCUGCUCGCGGGCCGCGACACUACGGCGGGCUUGUUGUCCAACACCUGGCACGUAUUGUCGAAGCGACCGGAUAUUUGGGCCAAAUUGAAGGCCGAGGUGGAUGAGCUCGGCGGCGAGAAGCCCGACUACACUACGAUCAAGGAGAUGAAGUAUCUGAAAUGGACCCUGAACGAGUCACUCCGGCUGAUGCCGGUCGUGCCCGGCAACAGUCGUGAGGCCAUCCGCGACACCAUCUUGCCUCUUGGUGGAGGAGAGGAUGGCAAGGCACCCGUGCUGGUGAGAAAGGGGGAGGUGGUGGCCUAUUCGCCGUGGUCAAUGCACCGGCGCGAGGAUUUCUAUGGACCUGACGCACUAGAAUUCAAGCCAGAGAGAUGGGAGUUCCUCCGACCGGGCUGGGAGUACUUGCCGUUCAACGGAGGACCUCGCAUCUGUGUGGGCCAACAAUACGCCUUGAUGGAGGCAUCCUAUGCCACGAUCAGAUUGAUCCAGACAUUCCCGAGGAUCGAGAGCCGAGACGACAGGGAGUGGCGCGAGUGGUUGACCGUGACGCUGGCCAGUGGUGUUGGUACCAAGGUCGCGCUCUUCGAGAAAUAAAGAGCUUGAAAACAAAAGAGAGGGCAGUGCUAAUAGGACACACAUGAUGACAGGAACGAUUACGAUCACCAGGGAUGUAUUUUAUCUCUCCAAACACGAACAUUUCUCCUCAGCCAUGCUGUAUGCAUUUUCGAUUGUCUUGGUCCAACACGGAGAAGCAGGAGCAGGGAAGAGGAAUCGAGGCAGUGUACUCUCCACAUCCAGUCGAGCUUUUUGUAUGCCUCGAGGUCAAAUUCAUCCGAUUCUAUUAUAUUCUUGGGCAAUUCUCUUCUGAUACGUGGCCUCGAAAAUGUUCCCGUCGACGUACUCGGAUCUAUGCAAGAAUGCUAGCAAUGCGUAGAUAGCAGGGAGGACCGAACUAGGCGACGUGCAAAGGCAAGGCAGAAUGACAUAGUCUGGCCCAAAGGGAUGUGAGCAGUCCAUCGGGAUGACAACAGCGGGAAUGGGAGUCUGCCUCACCUAACCUUGAUCUCCUGCAGGUGUAUCCGCAGGCUAUGAUCGACUUCUAGUGGGGACGCAAUUGGUUGGGCAGUUCACGGGCGAACGCAGGGUGGGUGGUAUUCCGGCGUUCUUUUGCA